ACAGAAAGCUGGGAAUCUUCACAACAAGCACCAUCAACCGUAAGAAGUCAAAGAGUUGCAUGCCCCUCUCCCAAUCCAAUCUAGAUUUGGAGGAUAGAUAUGAGGAACCAACAUGUCUUCCUUCACCCACGAAAGAAUAGGACAGCAAGUGGAGAGAAAUCUAACCCUCUCACCUUUCUCUUUCUUCACUGAUUCCAUUGAGUCAUUUGUACAAGCACCAUCCAUGCACAUGAAUCUCGCACGCACUGCUUCCCUCCUCCAACAACAAGAAUCCAAGCUCGGGUAGGCUUCGUAAUCCAGAUCGAGAUCCAAGAACAAUGACCCAAACGGAGCAGUCGGUGAUCGGCCUUGGUGGGCUGCAUCUGGCGACGAGCACAGGGUUCAUAGUAGCAGCCGUAAUCGUCUUCUUCAUCCUCUUCAUCUUCGUAUUCUUGCUGUGCCUCCGCGCCAAGCGGGACCGGGACGCCAACCAUGUCUUUCCCACCGAGCCUGCUGCCGUCGUCGCGCAGCGACCCUGCCUCGAAGCCGCUGCUGCCAUCGAGGCGCUCCCUUCGAUGGUGUUCCGCUGCGAGGGAUACAAGCAGGGAGUGGAGUGCGCCGUCUGCCUCGGCGAGCUGUCGGAGGGCGAGGAAGCACGGCUACUGAUCGGGUGCAACCAUGCCUUCCAUCUACGGUGCAUCGACAUGUGGUUCUGCUCCCACUCCACCUGCCCGCUCUGCCGUAGCCCGGUGGUCCUCGACACCCCCGAACCCGCCAAUUCUGGCGCUGAAUCAUCGCCGCUUUCCUCUUCAGGCUCCUGCGCAGUGGUGGCAGAGAUUGCAGUAAGACAAGAAGGAUCGAGAGAUGGAUUGCAGUAAAAUCUUGUACAGAGAGAGAAGAAACAUAUGAUAAAUAAGCUUAUUCAACGCAUGACAUGUUGCCGGUGUUACGAAUGCCAAUGCAGCAUUAUAGUAUAUGCCAUGGAUAUCUCUAAGCAACAUUAAAGAUUCCUAUCCAGCUCUUGUAUUAGUUCAGUACUCCACUGGUCAUACAUCGAUGCUAACCUAUACCUAAUUGAUUUC